AUGGGUCGCCCUCCCAGUAAUGGUGGUCCUUCCUUUCGCUUCAUGCAGAAUGAGGUGACAGAGAUGGAAGCUAUUUUGCAAGAAUACCAUAACACGAUGCCAGCUCGUGAGGUUCUUGUAUCUCUUGCAGAGAAGUUCAGUGAAUCUCCGGAUCGAAAAGGGAAGAUUCAAGUGCAAAUGAAACAAGUUUGGAAUUGGUUCCAAAAUAGGCGAUAUGCAAUAAGGGCAAAAUCCAAUAAGGCCCCAAUGAAGUUAAAUAUAACACCUAUGCCUCGUGAUGAUUCAGCUGCAGCAAGAGGUGUGCCUCAACAAGUAGCUGCUCCUAUACCUGGUGCUGUGCCUGCAACUACGCCUGCUUCUUCAGCUGCUGGUGUUGGAAGGGCAACUUCAGAAAACUCUUAUAUGGAAUUUGAAGCCAAAUCUGCAAGGGAUGGUGCAUGGUAUGAUGUAGGAACCUUCCUAUCCCAUAGAUACUUGGACAAGGGGGAUCCGGAAGUAUUGGUUCGGUUUGCUGGUUUCGGACCAGAUGAAGAUGAGUGGCUUAAUGUUCGCAGACAUGUCAGGCAACGGUCUCUCCCUUGCGAAGCAUCAGAAUGUGUUGCAGUUCUUCCUGGAGACCUCAUCCUCUGUUUUCAGGAAGGCAAAGAUCAGGCUCUGUAUUUUGAUGCUCAUGUUCUUGAUGCGCAAAGACGAAGACAUGAUGUAAGGGGUUGCCGUUGUAGGUUUUUGGUGCGUUAUGAUCAUGACCAGUCUGAGGAAAUUGUGCCGCUGAGGAAGAUUUGUCGUAGGCCUGAAACUGAUUAUAGGUUGCUACAACUUCAUGCUGCAAAUGACUCAGCAGCUACUGACCAGAAGAAAACUAGUGUAGAUCCUUCCACAGCCAAUGCCCAACCAACAUCGCAGCAACAUAACGCAGAUGUAGCCACAGCGGCUCCGGUUUCACAAGCCAAUGUUUCUCAACCUGUGAAAGCAUUAUUUGCGGAGCCAAAAAGGCUGGAACCAUCAGUGCUGUCAAUACUGGAAAUCCUAGUUUUAUCUCCACUGCUGGUUUUCCCAGUGUUAUCACCACUGCUGCUGCGAUGGCGAGUGGAACUGCUCUGA